AUGUAUAGACAAAUUUCAAAUAUCGAUAAGCUAAAAUAAUAAAUGAAAUUGAAUCAACAAGUCAAAGAAUUACUGUAAAGAGGAGAGAUAGAUAUUGAAAAUCCAUAACACCUAUAACACCUUGAAGUAAUGUUUCAUAAAAAUUAGAUCAUAAUUGAGAUAUUAACUAAGGAUUAAAAAUAAAGAAAUUCAAAUGAUUUAAAUUUACUAGCUUCAGCACUUUAAUCUAUAAAAUAUUUUAAUGAAAUGAUGAAGACAACAACAAGUUUAGAUGAAAUGCUUAAUUUAUACAAAGAGUUGCAAUACAUUAAUUUACUGGUGAUAUUGGCAAAAACUUUUAUAUAAUAUUAAAAGGUAGUGUUUGGGUAUGAAAAUAAUGUAUUUUAUUUAGAUGUUAGUUGGAAGAAGCAGAUUAGGAGAUGAGAGAUUGGAUAAGUAGGAAAAGAAAUCUGAUAAAAGUUUGAUAGGAAGCAAGAAAAGAAACAUCCUCUAGGAAAAGAAUUUGAUGAACGAGAAGAAUCUGUAAUAUUGAUAACUCAUUAAGGAUGAAGAUUAAUUCGACUGUCUAGAUGAUGAAAAAAUGCUUGAAAAUAAAUAUUAAAAUAUGAUGAAAGAAAGUAAGUAAAAUAGAGUAAGGAAGUAGUUUUGGAGAAAUAGCCUUAACUAAUUCAUUACCUAGAUAAGCUACUAUUCUAUGUGCAGAAAAUUGUUAAUUUAUUAAAUUAUCAAGAGAAGCUUUUAAUAAAUUUUUAUGUAAUUUAUUUAACUAUUCAUACAUCUAGCUGA